GGAGAGAGAAAGAUAGAGAGAGCGAACGAGAAAAGGUUGCUCAGACAGGCAGAAACAUUCAUUGCAUUGCAGCAGUAGCCACGAUGAAGUUGACCGUAACGUUCCUCAUAGUUGUUUUGGUGGCUUUCGCAGCGGCCUCUCCGGCCAAGGGUUCCACCAAACCCUCCCUGAAGAAGAAGAACGAGUGCAUGAAGCAAUGCACCGACGAUUACACCCCGAUCUGCGCCGGCGACGGAACCGGAAAGGAUAACAAAUCCUUUGGAAACGAGUGCGUUCUCGGCAACUUCAAUUGCGAGAACAAAAAGGAUUUGAAAAUUAUCCAAAAGGGAGAAUGUCCCGGAGGCGGCGGCGUCAGGCUUUCUUAAAUCUCUCGAUAGAUGAGAUGACACCAACACACGUCCACCUCCACAGCCACCAACAACAACAAUAAUUAUAUAACAUCAACCGCAUAAUUAGGGGAGGAAAUAUGAUGCUCUCUCUUUUCCAAUAUUCGACAUACACCUAUUAUUAUUAUUUUUUUUAGUCUCUUAGAAGUUUUUAUUAUACACAAUGUUACCUACAUAAUACUUUUUAGUGGCACCUUUGUACGCGGAAAAGAACAAAUAUAAUAAACAAACAAUACGAAAA